CUACCUUCACUCUACAAGCCAUGGCCAACAUAUCCCUUCUCUUACUGCUUCUCUGUAUACUAGCCUACAAUGCUCCAACGUUACAAGCAGCCUAUGCCUCAAGCUACUCCUACGACACCAAACCCACAACAAAGAAUGUAGUCGACUCAUGCUGGCGCAGCAAUACCAAUUGGGCAAGAAAUCGCCAAGCCUUGGCUAACUGCGCAGUAGGCUUCGGCAAAGAUGCCAUUGGAGGAAAAUAUGGGCGUAUUUACGUAGUCACCACCUCGUUUGAUGACCCCAUAAACCCUAAACCGGGCACCCUCCGGUAUGGUGUGAUCCAAACGCAGCCGUUGUGGAUCGUUUUUGCCAAAGACAUGGUUAUCACCCUCAAGAAUGAGCUCAUUAUGAAUAGUUUCAAGACCAUAGACGGUAGAGGGGCUAAAGUAGAGAUUGCAUAUGGACCAUGCAUAACUGUGCAGGGUAUUAGUCAUGUCAUUAUCCAUGGAAUAAGUAUUCAUGAUUGUAAGCCGGGGAAGUCCGGCGUGGUUAGGAGCACUCCUACACAUGUCGGGCGGCGCCUAGGGUGCGACGGUGAUUCCAUUAGUAUCUUUGCUUCUUCGCAUGUUUGGGUUGACCAUUGCUUUUUGGCACAUGGCGCUGAUGGCCUCAUUGAUAUCACCCAUGCUUCCACGGCAGUCACCGUCACUAACAACUAUUUCUCCCAGCACGACAAGGUGAUGCUGCUUGGACACAAUGAUAAAUUUACUGCAGAUAAAAUUAUGAAGGUCACAAUAGCCUUUAACCGUUUUGGGGCAGGCCUAAUUGAAAGGAUGCCAAGGGUCAGAUUUGGCUAUGCCCAUGUUGCCAACAAUAGAUAUGAUGAGUGGAAGAUGUACGCCAUUGGUGGCAGUGCUAAUCCAACCAUUUUCAGUGAAGGCAACUACUUCAUAGCUCCUGAAAAUCAUGAUGCCAAACAGGUUACGAAAAGAGAGGCCUACGAUGGUUGGAAGAGUUGGAAAUGGAGAUCUUCUAAUGAUGUGCUUCAAAAUGGUGCUUAUUUUAUUCAAUCUGGAUGGGGAAGUUGUUAUCCAAUGUACACUCGAACACAGAAGUUCAAGGUCUCUCCAGGAUCGAUGGUUCCUGCUUUGACUUCAAAUGCAGGUCCACUGCACUGCAUUGUUGGUAAAGCAUGUUGAUUUUGCUUUCUAGCUCCCAACUCGGCCGUUUAUGUUUUCUGUAACUGAAGCUCUUUGUACAUUGGCUUCUUGGAUGUAAGAAACAUGUUUUGUACAUGUAGCACUUGACAGCAGUGAGAACAACAACUUGUAUCUACUGAUCUAUUA